AUGGUUCGCUUACUUGCUGUCAGCAUUGCCCUAUGCGCGGUCGCUGGGGACGCUAUUACUAGCUCUGGCCCCAUCGUUGACUUAGGGUAUUCGUCAUAUCAAGGUUACUAUAACGCAACAACCGGGUUGAAUAUUUGGAAAGGAGUUCGAUAUGCGGCUCCUCCGAUCAACCAGCUGCGAUGGCAGCCCCCAGUAGGCCCUGCUCAGAACAACAGUCAUAUCAUCCCAGCUGUUGACCAGCCGCCCAUCUGCCCGCAAUCAGGUGCCGCCAAGACACCAACUGUCUUUGGCUUCAACUCCGGUCCGGGAGAUGAGGACUGUCUGUAUCUCAACGUUUAUGCUCCCCCAGGUGCAUCGGAUUUGCCGGUGCUCGUCUGGAUCCAUGGAGGUGGAUACGGCCUAUUUGGUGCCGUUUAUGAUCCCAGCCCAAUGAUGAACACUAACGACAACGGUUUUAUCACGGUGGAGAUCCAGUACCGGCUUGGAGCAUUUGGCUUCCUCUCAUCCGCAGAGGUCCGCGAAAGGGGUACACCCAACGCUGGCCUCUUAGACCAGAGAUUCGCACUACAAUGGGUCCAGCGGCACAUCAACAAAUUCGGUGGUAACCCGCGGCGCGUCACCAUUGGUGGCGAAUCUGCUGGUGGUGGGUCAGUCAUGCUACACACUCUAGCCUAUGGAGGGAAGGAGUCUCAUCUUUUCCAGAACAUCAUUGCGGCCAGUCCGUAUUCAGCACCCAUUCACCAAUACAAUGACCUUGUACCGACCAGCUACUAUGAUCGAUUUGCAAAACAGGCGGGGUGUGGCUCUGGUUCAAUUAGAAGAACCCAGUACGAAACCACUUUUGACUGCCUAGUUGCAGCCCCGACCGAAAUUCUGCAAAAUGCCAGCGGUGUCGUUUCCACGUCUGGGCUUUUCGGCACGUGGGCGUUCGUGCCCGUCAUCGAUAAGGAUAUGAUCCGUGAGCGGCCAUCAGUACAACUACUCACGGGGAGGGUCAGUGGCCAACGAAUCCUUGUCGGAAACAACGCCAAUGAAGGCAUCCCCUUAUCCGACCCAAAUGUAGUCACACGCGCCGCAUUCAAUGAUCAUCUCUCGACCACGUUCCCCAACUUCACCGAAACCGAUCUCGCCUGGUUAAAGCUAGUCUACGGCACAGCAGACUGCCAACCAACCAACGACAAUCCCCGAUUCGACACUCUGGGCACAGAAGGCCCAAGCGCAAUCAACCAGUCAGAAAUGGCCACAGGACUCCAACAAGCCGUCUUCAACAUUUUAGCUGAGACAACCUUCGACUGUCCGGCCCAGUGGCUCGCCGAGGCAUUCGGAGGCCACUUCCGCCAGGCCUGGAAGUAUCAAUUCUCAGUAACCCCAGGCUACCACGGUGCGGACAUGAACGCCAUUUACGAUCUCGGCACCACCUGGCCCAGUCCGGGAUUCAAUCACGCCUUCCAGAAAAUGUGGGGUAGUUUCAUUAUGGAUAAUUCACCGGUCAUUCCUCUUGAACAUGCAACUGCCAACCGGAGCAAGGCUGUUGUUCCUGAUGAUCUGCACGGUCAUCUCGACUGGCCGCAGUUCCAUCCCUCGGCCCCGUGGCAUUUGGAUUUGAAUACGACUGGUGGUACACUCACUCCGCUGGUUGUCACGCCAAACCUAUCAUAUUUUAUCCGGGAAGGUGAGGAUGUGGUCAACCAUUUCCGUCUUGCGAAUGCCUAUUCCUGGGAAGGGGGGCGCGGGUUGCGAUGCUCAUUUUGGCGCGCUGUUGCGGAUCGCGUUCCGUUUUGA